AUGAGUGAGAUCAAGAGACGCACGCGCACUGGCUGCCUCACGUGUCGAGCGCGGCGAGUCAAGUGCGACGAGCGGAAGCCAGCCUGCAACCGCUGCACCAUUGCCAAUGUCGAGUGUGCGGGAUAUGCGCCAAAGCGGCACAUUGAAGUGCGGAUGUCGCACCGCGCGUCUCAGUCGCAGCAGAGCUCGCCAGCAGACGUCGUAGAUGACGAUGUCCGUUCAGAUCGCUUUCAAUCCUCGCCUCAAGGCCCUCCGGGUUCCACCCCGUCCGGUCCGCCGUCCGGCCCGGCUUCUGCUCCAUCCACACAGCCCGCCACUUGCACUCUUCCAAGGCCUCAAUUCCGUCACGACGGCCUGCCCCUGGUUGGCCUGCCAAGCAAUCCGCGGCUCUCCCAGCGCCCCUGUGCGGCUUCCCGGGAGGUCCUGGCCUAUCACCAGUUCUUCUUCAGGACGCUGCCAAUGCUGUUCCCGGCUGACCACUUGCCAUUCUGGAGGGACCGUCUCUGCGAUGAGGCCUGGUGUAUCGAGCAUGCUCAGCGGGGGUUGCUAGCUCUAGGCUGUAUGCAUCGUGCGGCCCUCAUGAUUUCUAUGCUUGGUGAGAAUGACCAGGCCCGCGGGCUCGACACCAAAGUUAUUGCCGUCCAGGCAUACACCCAGGCGUUACAGGAGCUCUCAAGUCGGCUAGACGAGGCCGAGAAAUCAUUAGAGGUUUUAUCGGCCGUCUUAAUACUCAUGGCCUACUUUGAGUGCUUUGCGAGCAACAUCCCAGCGGCGUAUAGCCAUGUCUGCACAGCAAACUAUUACUUCACAGCACUCAAGUCUAACACACCAGUACAUGUUGAUGACCUUGCACUCGAGUCUCUGGGAACUGCCUUACAGACUCUUACAUGGACCUGCUACAUGGCGGUGCCACUUCCCGGCAUGCUGCUCUCUGUUGGUCGCACGAUAAAUGCAGCGUACACUGCACCAAGUCCUUCCUUUCUGCAGCGUAGUUUGCUGCAGAUUCUAAUUGAUUCUGGAGUUCAUGACGAGAUAUGGAGUCUCACGCCGAUACGCCAAGAGUCACCCGUAUUAUUAGAUAAGGUCUACCGAUUACAACGUAAUUUACGGGAAUGGAAGGAUGUUCAUGGCCAUCUUCAUCCCAACCUGGAGGCAGAUACGGCGACCCUGGCCAGCCUCGAAAGUUCGGAAGAAUACCAUUUCCCCAUUCCUCCGUCUCCUUUCUUGGCGCUGCCAUCAAACCUAUGUCUCUCUGGGGCAAUGUACAACUUCCUCAUGGCUCGCAUAAUGUGGACUCUUUGCCUUUAUGAUAAAAGCCAAGACGCAAAGAAGAUGGAGUCUGAAGCUUACAUGCAUUUUUACCAAACCAUGAGAUUUGCAGCAACCCAUACAGCGAACAAUAGUACAAGGACGCUGCCCAACAACACCUAUUCCACCGAUGCUCCUGUUGCCAGCGAGGAGCUGGACAAGAGUUUCUUGCCUAUUCUGUACAUCACGGGCCAAUGCAGUCCUCAGCCAUCCUGGCUUCGCUGGAUCGCGCAACUGAUGAAACAGAUUGGAGAACAAGGAUUGUUCAACGGCUUCGUUCUGUCCGAGAGCCUUAAAGUUCUGCACAGAAUGGAGCUUAGCCAUAAUUUGCUCCCGACAGAUAGGAUUGAGCGAUAUCCUAACCCGGCGCUACGGAUUAUCUCAACACUGAUCCCAGAGACAAACGCUCAGGGCUUUGUUUGCUAUUAUGCUAAACCCUCUCGAUUCAACAGCGGUUGGAUCAACCGCGAUACCCUCACCUAUUAUCCUAUUGCCCAUGCGCGCUUCUCUCCUGAGCUUGAUGACGAUAAUACAGCCAAGAGAGAGAUUGAUACGUAUGAUGAGCAAAGGUCUAUGGAGGAACAGUUUACUUCCGAGUGGAUUCUCAGUCGUCCAGUCGCAAACAACUGGCAAACUCGCUCCUCGGAGACGAGAUUCAACCUCGAUCACGUCCUUCGCGAUCAUAUUAAUGGAGGUCGCUUGCUGCCAAUGAAUCAGCAAACGCCAGGGGGGACUAUGAUGAGAUAUUGA